AAACCUAUACUCCGUGUGUGCGUUGGCAUUAACAAAAGCCACCCAAUGGUUAUUCCCUGGGGUGAAUUAACCCAUUGCUCCCCUCUCCCACGAUUAAAAUUCGGUUAAUCAGUGGUUGAUAACAGAAUGGGGCUCGCAGCACUGCUAAACAGACGGUAGUCCACUCUAUUUCGUUUGUUUUCGUUUUUUUCGCGUUUUGUGCGGCUGUCGGCCGAUAACAUUCCACACGGUUGCGAUCUAAAGAGGUAAACCGGAGUGAGUGAGAGGAGGCGAAUAAGACGAACCCGUAUAAAGAUAGAACACCAAAUAAUCGGUGCUGGACAUGGAGUUUAUUUGGUGAUCCCCGGAAAUUUUUCCAAAUACAGCUGCAAGAGUCACAAGCACAUAGUCAUGGAGCACGCUGAUCUGGUAUCAGAGAUGGUGCACGUCGAGAGACUGACGACACAGGAGAGACUUCACCUGGCGCGUCACCGCAGGCUUCAGCAGUUGAAGGUAUGGAGACAGAGGGAGAAGGAGUGGCUGAGGCACCAGACGAGGCACUCCAGCAACAAGAGGAGCAUCUACUUCGACGACUCGGUGAUGCUUCUGGAGGCAGCUGCCAGGAAUGACAUUGAUGAGGUCAGGAGAUUGCUGAAGAAGGGGGUCAAUCCGGACUCAACGAAUGAGGAUGGAUUGACUGCCCUGCACCAGUGCUGCAUCGAUGAUAAUGAGGAGAUGAUGAAACUGCUGACUGAAUUUGGGGCUAAUGUUAACGCUGAGGAUAGUGAGAAGUGGACACCUCUGCAUGCUGCUGCUACUUGUGGGCAUCUCCAUUUGGUGAGGUAUUUAAUCGCCGCUGGGGCUAAUUUGCUGGCUGUCAAUGCUGAUGGCAAUAUGCCUUAUGAUAUUUGUGAGGACGAGAAGACUUUGGACUGUAUUGAAGGGGAAAUGGCUAGUCGAGGAGUGACCCAAGAGCUAAUCGACGAGACCCGAGCAGCGACUGAGAUGCAAAUGCUCGUGGAUCUCCAGAAAUUAGCAUCUGUCGGUGGGGAUUUAGAGUACAAAGAUCACCAGGGAGCAACACCCCUCCACAUUGCAGCAGCCAAUGGCUAUCUGCGAGUCGUUGAGUUCCUUUUGGACCAGCACGUUUCCACGGACGUGGAGGACAACGAUAAGUGGCAGCCGGUGCAUGCUGCUGCCUGCUGGGGGCACUUGGAGGUUCUCGAAUUACUAGUACAAAACGGUGCAGAUUUGAAUGCUAAGAACAAACACGAAGAGACACCAGCAGAUAUCUGUGAGGAUCCGGAGAUUAGGGAGCGAAUCGUCGAGCUGAAGACCGAGCAGGAGAGCAAGAAACUUCGUGAAGCACAGAGCAGACGUAUCCGAAGAUCGCAGAGCAUAAACACAAGGACGCAGAGUGUCAGGAGAACUUCGAUCAGAGAUAAAGUGCUGACGACCAAGAAGGAUGCGCAGGAGGAGGCGAGGCUCAGGAUACAGGCGCAACAGACUUAUGCAGGACCAACAUCUACGGAUGCACCAACAUCAAACAACGCAAACACCCAAGAGGCUAAAACCGAUGAUCCAGACUCAGCAGCACUGACAUCAUCAGUACGCCGGGGACCAGAAGGAAAAGACAAUGAUUCAUUCGUGAAUGAAGACGUUGACAAAGACACAGUGACAGGGUCAGACUCACCUGUCGGCAGCCAACAGCCGAUAUACACAGCUGAGAGUGAUGCUAAUGGCAAGAUCAACAUACACGUGUCUGUAGUUUUCGUCAAAUCGUUGUCCGAUCUGAAGAAACAACGCGCCCAGAGCCGACACACAACGCCAACCCUUGACGCUAAUGGCAAUGGGGUACCUGUACCUGUAUCAUCGAAAGCUGAUAAUGAAUUAACGGUCAAUGAUUUUCAUCGGUUCUCGGGAAACACCAGUGACAUCAUUGGGGAUAAUCAGAAUGAGCAGAGAUGUUGCGUUUUAAUGUGAGUCUGAUUGUUUUUUUGUUGGGGGGGCUAGUGUUAAGGGAGUUUUUUGGGGAUGGGAUCGUGCGAAGAUUUUUUUACACUGUUGGAGAUGAUUUUGGAACUGGAGGUUUUUUUGAGUUUUAGGAAAUUAAGCUGUUGUGAAUUAGUGAAAAGUUGAAUAUUGAUUUUGGCUGAAAUUUUCAGGGGAUUUCGUCACUCGAAAUUUAGUGUUUUGUAGAAAAAUUAAUGGAAAUAGGAAAUUUUAGGGAAAAAUUUUUUGUUCCUCUGAAAAAUGCGAGAGAAAUAUUCACGCCUUCUGGGAAGAAACUCUCAUUUCAUUCUGAUGCCCUGAAUAAAUCUCAAAAUUUAUGAAGAACUCUCCCCAAUAAUUCCAUUCGCAAAUCUCCAACCCAUCAUUCAGAAAAAGAAAUAAUCAAAGAAAAUAAUUUACCAAAUAGACUUGAAAUUAUUUGUACCGCUGUGCCGAAUUCUGUAGCUAAUCUCGUUCUCAUUUGAAUGUCAAUUCAUCGACUUUUAUACACUUCAGUAGAGUAAACAUGGGCUUGAAUAUUUUGACUUCCAACGAAAUAAUCGAAGAUAAAAACUAAUCAAUGUGAUUCUUGAAUGGAAAUUAGUUAUAUUUAUAGAACGUUCAAUUUGCCGUUUAUAAUUGUUGAAGUAUUAUUUCUUUUCGAUCAGAAGGAAAGUAAGGUUUAUCGUACUUAAUACGUUGGCUCAUUCGAUUUGUAAAAAUUUAUUGAACUCGUUCAUCCUAGCAUCGUAGCAUGAAGGUGCAGUUUUUAAUGUUGCACGUACGAAAAAAUUUCAUAAAAAUAUUUCUAUUCAAUUGUUUAUUAAUUUUCUUACCGAUUCUAGUGAAAACAUUCCGCAGUUUAUUUGCGCAUUUUUUUUCAGUAUAAAUUCUCAAUGGAAAAUAUUCUAUAGAAAUUGAACAGAAUUUUUUUUACCGAAUUCGUUAGGUUUUUCUAUGAAAUUUUUCGUACAUGUGGGAGUAAGCAUCAUUCCGCAGUCUUAUCCAACUUGGCACAACUAGAAUAAACGUUAGAUUUGUAAUCAAACGUGCAUGUAUAUAAUUUCUACUUCUUAUUUAUUUUUAUGAUAAGUAGGUUAUUCUAUUCCAAUGAAUUUUCUUAGUUUUUAUGAGGAGUUAGCAGCAUGUCAUUCGCUAUAUUCACGAUAAAUUUUGUUCUGUAAAUUUUUAAAUCAAUCUGUGGAAUUUUUAAUGUUGAAACACAGUAUUGAAUUGUGUAAAGGUGAUUGUUGUGUUGGGAUCGUGAAAAAUGAAUGAAAAUUAUUGUGAUAAAAUGGAGGUUUCAGCGUUAGUCAUGGUGUUUAUCUCUAAAUUAUGUACAAUCGCGUGUAGAAAACAUUUCAUAAAAAAUUCUAUUGAACUUUCCAUUGGCCACAGACCAAUUCUAGGUUUUUCUAUUCGAUUUUUUUUUCAAAAAUUCACUGUUAAAAGCCCUGAGAACUAGUACGAAAUCAAUCACGUCGCCUUUACACAAGAAUUUUUCUAUAAUUUCGAUGCUUGCUACUUUAAGAAAAAAAUCGUUGAGACAUCCAUCUAAGCCUACAGGUAUUCUCUCGCCGAGAGCAAAUCGCAGGUUGAAAAAAAAAAUUGCUCAUUCAUGAUUACUUUAAUCGUUGAUACAUAGUAGUACUUAAUGAAUAAAAAAUUCUAUGAUCAAUUUAUAGGAAAAUAUGUUGGCUCAGUGAGCCGGAAAAGCGUUGUGAUUUAUAGAUGCGCGAAAGCAUAUUUUUUAUAAUUUUUAUUGAACUUAUAUAGUAUUAUAGAGAUAAUUGUCAAUAUCUUGCGAUCAGCGAUUGUAAAACCGAGGAAUCGUCGGGGUCGUUUAUAGCUCGGUUCUCCUUAAUUACAUCCUGACACUGUCACAAAAUGAACAUGAUUGAUUACAAGAUAUCAACAUCACUCAACUGUGGAUUUUUACGAAUCUCGAGUCAAUGGCACAUCGAGUUGAUGAAUUUCAGAAGUGCUUCGUUGAAUAUUAUGUAAAUGGAUUACCCACCAUUUACUUCUUGUGGAGAUAUUCCUGAAAAUAAAAUCUUGGGGGAGAAAACAUUUUUCAAUAUUUAUCGCAUUGAUCAAUGUCUGAUCAAAGAACAGAAUUACUACAAUUUCUAAUUAAAAAACUGAAUUCUCCCGCAGGAUUAUUUUGUCUAGGACAUUUCUUACUAGAAUUAAAUAACGUGGAAAAAAAUAGAAGCCAAAGUCUCUUUCACUUCACAGUUCACGGAACUUUCGAGGGCCUUCAUCACCUUGAAAACUUAGUUGAAUAUGUAAUUUAAGCGAUUUUCAUCAACUUCAAACUCUUCCAUAAAUCACUUUUCGGUAGCUGAAGGAGCAAUUUGUACGAGUAGUGGAUUAGCCAAAUGAGUAUUGAUCAAACAUUUCGCUGUUUUCAUUUCUACUCGUCAUUUCAAUGUUCAUUCCUUCUUAAUGUGAUUACUCAAACAAUAACUAAUGAUUAAAAGCCAUUCGUUUAGUCGAUACAGUGUACGAUUGUCAAAACAUUAAUCCAAGUAGUUUCUCAUAUUAAAUGAACAAGAGGUUCAAAAUACUAUUUAGAAAAUAGAAGACAUGGAAAAAAAGGAAAAAAUUUUGCAAUUGCAGGGGAGUUUUUUUCCAUUUGAGAGAUAACUUAUAAAACGUUCAACUUACCGAGUGUCAGGAUUUGUGGUAAUUUUUCGGGGGAGGAAACAGGCAAAAAAUCAUCUAGACAACAGUUUCCCAAUUGUAUUGGAGUCUCAGUCAUCACUGUGCAUCUAGUUUCCAAACUCGAGAAUAAUUUAUUGGUUAAUUACAGUUAAUUGGCCCUCUAAAAUUACCACUCACAACAUAUACCGCACGAAACUCGAUUGCAUCAUCCAACGGAUAUCAUUAUCCAUCAGUGAUCAAUUACUAAAAACAAUAGGAUGAACAGAAGCUUUUAUUGACUGAGAUUAGCAUUCCAAAUGUUUAUUUAUAGCGCUAAAUAAGUGAACGGCAACAUUCCAAGAUAUAAACUGAAUCAAAUAACCGGACAAGUCUGUUUCUGUGAAUCGAAAUAAUUUGCCUUUUUUACAAAAAACAAAAAUGUUCUUUCUUGUACUUACGAAUUAUUAAAUAUUAUAUUUAUGUACUGUAUAUACCCAUACUAAUAUAUUACAUAUCAGAAGUA